UUUCCAAAAACAAAAAAGGGAUCAGCCCAUAAAACUAGAAUGCUAAGCCCAAUCCGGUUCCAAUCCCUCUGUGUAACGGAUCUUUUGUUAGUCAGGCAAGUUUCCUCAUUCUUUUCUGGUUCGUACACCGGAGUUCUGGAAUCCAUGGUCUCAAUCGGCGUAGAGAUGUAAGUUUCACUCUCCCAAAUAAAUCUAUAUGUAUCUACUGCCAUUUGAUUAUUUACGGACACCCUAGUUCCGUAUUACUACUCAUUUUCAUCUUCAAUCCUUGGAAUCUUGAGGUUGCAUUUUAUCUGUUUGCUGAAAUGACUUCGAGUUUCAGAGGAAACCAGCACAUGAAAGCGAUAUUAAAGCACGGUAGAACUCAAUUUGUAAGCAUCUUCCUUAAAACAUCUCAAAAUACCCAACAACAACAACGAAAACAUCUCCUCCCCUGUGUCACGCCCUUUUCAACCCAAGCAUCCAAAUUCCCUGAAUAUGAAAUGCCUUCUGUCACAUGGGGCGCAAUCCAAGGUCGCAAAGAGAAACUCGUGUCGCGGGUUAUAGUUUGUGAUUAUCUAAAAAGCAUAGGUAUAGUUCCAGAUGAGUUAGAGGAUCUGGAGUUACCCUCCACUGUGGAAGUAAUGCGGGAGCGUGUAGAGUUCUUGCAGAAAAUAGGCCUAACCAUUGACGACAUAAACGAGUAUCCACUAAUGCUGGGGUGUAGUGUGAGGAAAAACGUGAUUCCCGUGUUAACCUAUCUGGAAAAGAUUGGGAUUUCAAAGCCAAAGCUUGGGGAGUUUGUGAAAAAUUAUCCUCAGUGUCUAAAUGCCAGCGUCGUGGUUGAGCUUGUUCCAGUCAUCAAGUUUCUGAGAGGCCUUGAUGUGGAGAAGCAAGAUAUUGGGUAUGUCUUGAUGAAAUACCCGGAGCUAUUAGGGUUCAAGCUUGAGGGGACAAUGAGUACCUCUGUGGCAUACUUGGUUAGUAUAGGGGUUAAUCCAAGAGAUAUAGGACCAAUGGUUACACAAUAUCCUUACCUUUUGGGGAUGAGAGUUGGGACAAUGAUUAAACCUCUUGUCGAUUAUUUGGUUUCGAUCGGCCUCCCAAAGAAAAUUUUAGCCAAGAUGCUUGAAAAACGGGCAUAUUUACUUGGAUAUGAUCUUGAAAAAACUGUGAAACCUAAUGUGGACUGUUUGACCAGUUUUGGUAUUAAGAAGGACUUUCUCCCUUCUGUCAUAGCACAAUACCCCCAGAUACUUGGUUUGCCUUUGAGGGCAAAGCUGUCUUCUCAACAGUACUUCUUCAACCUAAAGCUAAAGAUUGAUCCUGAUGGAUUUGCUUGUGUGAUUGAGAGGAUGCCACAAAUUGUCAGUCUUAACCAACAUCAGAUAAUGAAACCUGUUGAGUUCCUUCUGGGGCGAGGGUUUUCAUCUAAUGAUGUUGCAAAGAUGGUUGUGAAAUGCCCUCAGUUGGUUGCUCUGCAAGUUGGGCUCAUGAAAAACAGUUUCUACUUUUUCAAAAGUGAAAUGGGCAGGCCUAUGAAAGAACUUGUUGAGUUUCCAGACUACUUUACAUAUAGUCUGGAGUCAAGAAUAAAACCAAGACACCAGAGGCUACAAAGCAAGGGAGUCAAAUGCUCGCUGGCUUGGUUUCUGAACUGCAGUGACCAAAGAUUUGAAGAGAGAUUAUAUGGUGAUUUUAUAGAAGCUGAAAGUAGUGGUCCAUCUUUUGUGAUGGGCGGGAAGUUAGAAUUGCCAGGAACUGAUAUUUUAUCAGAAGAAGAUGAUGACAGUGAUGAUGAAUUACUUUAUAAGCGGACUGUCUCUCUGUAGUUAAAUUGGUAUUCAUAUGAAUUAUGGAGUACCACCCCCCCCCCCCAAAAAAAAAUAUACUAAUGGCGGGCUAGUAAUGAAUAUUUGUAAUGUAAUAGCAUCAAUAUGAAUUUUAUUCUUUCUUUACUCAUUUUUUAUGAUCUUAUUACUACGUCGU